AUGGAAAAAAAACAAUUAAAUGAAAUAAUAUGUUCAUUUGAAACAUAUUUUAUUUCACGUUUAUGUCGUUCAAUAAAUAAAAAACGUAAAGAAUUAACAACAAGUGCUCUUUUAAGAUCAGCCCAUAUUCCUGAAAAAGAUGAUGAUGAUGAUGAUGAACAAAUUAAUGGUGAAGCUAAUACAGCCAAAGAAAAAGCAAAUAGAAAUGAUGAAAAAGAAUAUGAUGAUGAUGAUAAUAACAAUAAUGAAGAAAAUGAAAACUGA